UUUGGUGAAGUGGGAGAGAAUAGAGUUUAGUUGGUUUCGGAGGCAAAAUUAAAGAUUGCGUGGAUGGUCCGAUCGCAUGGCCUCUUUACCUCCUCCCCUUGAGUCUCACCUUCCUCUCUCGCCUGACCCAGGUGAAAAACCCCUAAAUCAUGAAACCCAGUUGCCAAUGGCUCCUAUUCAUAUAGUUACUCAUGCAUCUCAGCUGCCUGCUGAGUUCUUGGAGCCAUCAGCUGAAAGGCCAUUGAUCAUUGGUUUCGAUUGCGAGGGAGUUGACCUCUGUCGCCAUGGAACUCUCUGUAUUAUGCAGCUUGCAUUCCCAAAUGCUAUAUAUCUUUCAUGACUGCAAACGAGAUAGUGAGGCCUUGUACUUUCAGUUUGGCAUCAAGUUGAACAAUGUUGUAGAUACCCAGAUUGCCUAUUCACUGAUAGAGGAGCAAGAAGGACAGAAAAGAGUGCUAGUUGAUUAUAUAUCAUUCGUUGGCCUCCUUGCUGAUCCACGCUAUUGUGGAAUAUCUUAUCUUGAGAAGGAAGAAGUUCGUUUCCUCCUUAGGCAGGAUCCCAACUUUUGGACAUACAGACCUUUAUCUGAACAGAUGGUCCGUGCAGCUGCAGAUGAUGUCCGCUUUCUUCUGCAUAUCUAUUACAAGAUGAUGGAGAAAUUGAAUCAACAGUCAUUAUGGUAUCUUGCAAUUCGUGGUGCGCUCUAUUGCCGCUGUUUUUGCAUCAGCGAUAAUAAUUUUGCAGACUGGCCAUGUCUACCCCCUAUUCCAGAUAACCUAAAAGUGGAGGGUAAUGCUCCGGAGGAAGAAAUCCUUUCAGUCCUUGAUGUUCCUCCGGGAAAGAUGGGCCGUGUUAUCGGGAGAAGAGGAGCUUCCAUCUUGGCAAUAAAAGAGUCUUGCAAUGCGGAAAUUUUCAUGGGAGGCAACAAGGGUCCGCCGCAUAAGGUGUUUAUCAUAGGACCAGUGACGCAGGUGAGGAAAGCAGAAGCCAUGGUAAGGGGGAGGAUGAUGGACGUGCAGUACUACUAGAAACAACAACAAAAACAUAACAAAAAACAUGUGUGAUGAUGUCCUCUUCAACCCUUUCUUUAAAAUAAAAAUUAUAAUUAUCU